UAAUAUUGACUUGGAAAAAAAAUUAGUUUAAUUUUCAUUUUAAAAGUCCAAAAUGUUUUCCAAAUCUCCAGUUCUAAAUAUUGCUUCGAAAAAUAUGCAUAUCGCUAAGAAGUGCUACUCUUUACUUAUUAAAUCUCGAACAAUACACGGUGGUGGUGUUUCCAAAACAAAAUUCAGACCUGUGAUAAAAAUGUCUCCAAACUUUUCUGGCUUUGAAAAAUUUUGCAUGCGUCCAAUGAGUUCUAAUGGAAAGGAGAACGAUAAUUCAAACAAAUCUAUGGGGGAGAAGAAAUCAAGUGAAAUCUUGGAAAUAAAACCCAUUUCCAAAUCUUUGGUUAAUCAAUUGAAUUCGAAGUUAUCAAAGCAAGAGACCACAGAGAAGGGGAAUCAAGUACCUCCAGAACCUCGUACAAUUUUGAAGAAAGUUUUCAAAAAGCGUUCUCGCCAGGAAUCCAGAGAUGCCCUCCAUGAUCCUACAAAUGUGUUGACACGUCGCCGAGGUAGUAAACGAAGAAUUAUGAUAGUACAAUUGUUGGAAAAUACGGAAAAUUCAAGCAAUUCCAAUACAUUGGAACCUUCUGACUUAAAAACAAAAAAUUACAAACUGGAAAUCCUGGCCGAUCAUGAGGGUAUUGGCAAGUCUAUGCUAACACCAAAGAAGGUUCACAUAGAAUUUAUGGAAGAGGACAACUUGAAAGACAUUGAAUUGGAAAAGAAUCCAUCGCUUCAGUUGCCUCCUACUGCCCAAACGAGUGUGGCCAUUAAAAAUGAUACCAAAAAAGCUAUAUUCAAUGCCGAAACAGAUCAAUUAACAAAGAUCAAGUAUUCGAAAGAUAGCCAGGAACAAGUUACAAAUCAUAAGUUUUCCAAUGAUAAUCAGGUUCUAGCAAAAAAUUCCAGUGGGUACCAAAAAGAUAUACCAAGUAAGACAGCCGAUGUGACGAAAAACAUUGUGCCUGAACCAAAUAAGAAGGACGAGAAACUCCCUGAAAGCACAAAACAACCAAUAAACCCCAUUUCUCUGUCACCACUUGUGACAGAUAAUAAAACUUCUAAUCACAAGCAGCUAUUUAAAGAUGAUGGACAAUUGCAAAACUUUCUUGUCGAUUCCAUGAAAUCUUCGAAGGCAAGUGAGACUUCCAUGAGUAUGGCAAAUUUAUCUUCUACAAAUGCGAAGAAAAUCGAUUUUACCAAAGACGAAAUAAAAUUAAACAGUUCAAACACAAAGUCGGAUGACAGUGAAUCAAUAUUUCUGAUGUCUCUACCACCCCAGGGAAGUUUAAACAAACACAAAGAGAUGAAAAAGGCCGAAAAUCCUACCAAAAUAACAAAACCAUCAUCUUCGACACAAGACGACUUAUUAAAGGUGAAUUCUUUGUCUAAAACAACAACAAGAAAUGAUGCAUCAAAAAAUAUACCAAAAAAGAUGGAGAACUCUAAGUUGGAUGUUAAUAAGAAAACAGAAACCACGGAUUCACGUAAUUACAAUACAAAACCAAACUAUAAUACUGCAAGUGCCAGUAUGCCAAAGGUAUCACAAUUAGCAGAGCCAAAUCGUGCUUUACAAAACAAAAUGGAAGUCAAUACUAAUAUGAAGGGUAUCCCCAAACCACUGGAGCCUAUCAAACGGGAUGUACAAAAGGAUUCUCCGAAAUCGGUAAAUAAGUGUCCGAAAAACAUGUUUGGCGAAUGUAUGUCAGCGGAACAGCUGAAACAAAAUCAAGAAAAACUAAAGAUUUUCCAAAAAGCACAAAAACCACAAAUAAACCCAGUACCAGGAAAGAACCUUGGUGGCCCAGAUGGUGGAAAUCGAAGUAAACUCAAAGGAAUAAAUACUCCACCAAAAGGUUCCUAUGAGAAGACCUGGAGUACCCUGACCAUCUCCAUUAUGUAUGUUGGGCUCAGUUUGAUGAUUUAUGGUUUUAUACAAACGAAUUUAUCUUUGAAUUUGUGGCAAAAUAUUUUGAAGUCUCUUCAAGGUCAUCAACUUCAACAGGAAAAACUUCUGGUGCAAAAAGCUUUAUAUCAAAACGAUACAAAGGUAUCAAACACUGAAAAUGAUGAAAAUAUAGAAAAACCUCCUAAAAAAUUGGAGGCCAAAGAGGUAGCUGCGGUGGAUCUUGUUGGCAACUUAAAGGAAGUGUAAAUUUUACGGAAAAAUCUACCUUGAUAUGAUAUGUGUAACUAGAAAAUAUUUUGAAAAUUGAGAAACAAAUAAAAAAUAAAUUCAAUUUUUUGAAAAUUAUUGUAAACGCCCAACCAA